GAAAGAAAGAAAGAGAAAAAGAAGGAAGGAAGGAAGGAAGGGGUCAUUGUCACUGCAGCAACAGGAGCAAGAUGGACAGUGUGCUGGACCCUUUUCCUGGACUCGACUCUUUCUCCUCCUCUCCUUGUUUUGACGAUGACGAGUUCUUCGCCGACCACUCCUCGACAGACAGACACUUGGACAUGGAAGACUUUUUGGACGACGAAGUGGAUUUCCUAACCAGUCACUUCCAGGACUAUUACAGCAAAGACGGCGGCGACAGAGCAGCGCCUCGCAAUGGAGACUAUGACAUCGGCAACUUGUCUUUCUCAUCCUCAUCCUCCACCUUCUCCUACAGCUGCGCCGACAGAACCCCGGAGCUGUCCCCUCAAAUGGACGGUCACGGCGGACCGUUACUGAAACGCAGGAGGCGGCUGAGGUCUGAGAUGGAGAUGCAGCAGCUGAGGCAGGCGGCCAACGUGCGGGAGCGGCGGAGGAUGCAGUCAAUCAAUGACGCAUUCGAAGGGCUGCGCUCCCACAUCCCGACACUACCCUACGAAAAGCUGGACACGCUGCGGCUCGCCAUCGGCUACAUCAACUUCCUGGCCGAGCUCGUACAGUCUGAUCUGCCUAUUAGGAGCACCAGCAGCGACACGCACGCACAACCCAAGAAGGUUAUUAUCUGUCACAGAGGAACAAGGUCUCCCUCCCCCAGCGACCCAGACUACGGCCUGCCUCCUCUGGCGGGUCACUCUCUGUCCUGGUCGGAUGAAAGACAACUUCGGGAGCACAACAUCAUUCGCACCGCCAAGGUCUGGACACCCGAAGACCCCCGAAAACUGUACAACAAACCGGGCCUCACUGACAUUGAAAACGAGCCUCCUUUUGGCCUUGUGGCCUAAAAACAACCCAGUCUCUCUCUGACCUGUUCUGUAAAACACAUAUUGUAAAUGUGAAAGCUUGGAUAUGGAUAUGUGUGCACACCAUGUGAGAUAUGUGUGCACACCAUGUGAGCUUACUGUGCAUAUUCUAUGUUGUACAUAGUUUCAUCACGUUCAUAAUUUUAUUUGUUGUAAUUCAGG